AAAACAAGCAAAAUUGAAACCGCAAAGAGUAUUUUGGGAGGGAAGUUGAAUAGAAUGAUUAAUCACCAUCAAUCCAUCAUCAUCACCAUUCAUAUCACAGUGACUGAGAGUAUCAUAGCAAUAAAGCAAAACCAGAGAAGUGUUAGUUAGUUAGUUAGUUAGUUAGAGUAGAGAAAAUGGCAAGGGAAAACCUAACUAGCUUAUUGCACGAACUUCGAGAACGCAUAACAUCUUCUUCAUCUUCCUCCACUCCAAACAACCCUACCGACGACACCGACGCUUUGGAACUCAGUUUCCGAGCCGUUCUCCCCAAUCUUCUCCAUUCUUUCGUCCUUCCUUCUUCCUCCGGAAACGAUAGAGAAGUCAUUGCGGUUGUGAAACUCAUCACUCGUACAUCGAUAAACUUUCCCGGAGUGUAUUAUCACGGCAAAGCAACCGCUAUUUUACCAAUCAUUGCUCGUUUACUUCCUUUUUUCGCUGAGCCUCUUUUUCGGUCUUGUCAUGGUGUUUUCUUUCAAGCUAUUGGUUCGCUUUUAUCAUUGCUUCGCUCCGGUGCUCGAGAUUCUUAUAGACAGUUCUUUGUUGAUUCCAUGUUCCUAAUUGAAGAUGUUUUACACGCGGCUUCACUCAGUGUGAGUGGAUCCUCUAGGGUGAUGAUUAAGUGUUUUUCUGAGUGCUUCUCUGGAAUUGAAGAUCUUCCACCAACCAAUAAAUCAAUUGAUGGUUAUGGUUUAUUGAUUGACCUGAGUGGCAAAAGCAGGUUGCAACCUUUUGCAACUUGGAUUUUGAAGCUUAUCAGUAAAUGUCUAACUGAAGGAACACUCUAUGUUGAAGGAUUGAUCCAUGCUUCCUUUGUCUCUUCCGCGUGUUCUCUUUUAUGCUAUGGGGAUUCUGAUCUGCAUAUGGCAUGCUUUGACUUUGUACACAUCAUUGCAACGGUGACAGACUAUGAACUAAUUCCUCAUCAGAAUUUAAUCCGCUCAAUAGUUACUAUCUUGAAUUUGGACAAGGAGGGGCUUCCUUGUUUCAGAAACACGACUUAUGAUUCAUCGUUGGGUGUUUGCCUCAAUACACUCCACUCUAGCUGUCCAGAAGAUAUCGUUAAAUUAACGGCUGCUGAUUUAGUUGGUGUAUUCUUUCGAUCACUAUGGAGAACCAAAAGCCAGCAACUUAAGGUGGCACUAUGCAGUGCUUAUGUUAGAAUUGCUCAAGUUUGCCCCCCUCAUGUGUGGAAGCCAGAGCAUCUCAUAUCUGCACUCUGUCAUCCGGAACCAUGUUUGCCUUUGAUAGAGUGCUUUCAAGUAGCUGUAUCUACUCUUGGUCCACAUCAUUUUGGGGGAAUCCAAGGAAACAAUAGGAAUGUAGCCCUUUUAUCAAAUGAAAACAAGUCAAUUGAAAGCAUUAGGCAUGGACAAAAGAGGUCCAUUCAGGAUAUGGAUAAUCUUAAGAUCAAACGCCAAAAAUUAAAUGAAGAAAUUGAUUUUACAGAUGCCAGUAUUGAGGUGGAACUCAAAUAUAGUUGUAUAGUUAUUUGCCAAACAGUAGAAGAGUAUGCUAACCAUAUGAAUAAAUCUCUCUUAUCAUUUGUUCAAUCAUUAAAUGCAUCGGCUGUUGGAUCCGGUUCUUUGAGGCCAGAUAUUGCUUUAUCUGCACUUAGCAUUCUAUGCGUUGCCUUCUCUAUUUAUCCAGAGAGUGAUCUGUCUGUCAGAAUCUUUCAGCAAAUGCUUGCAUGGCUUUCGUGGAUAGCUGAGCAGGCAAAACAAGGAAAUUCGAUUACUGUAGAUAUUUCCACCUACCUAGAAGGAAUUCAUAGCGUACUGCUUUUGAAAAGUGCCUCUUUCAAAGAGAACAACCCAUUACAAGAUGGGAAUUGCCAUGCGGACCUUAUGCUUGUUGUGCUUAAACUUCCCUGGACUCAUUCGCUCCUUGUUAUUGAUAAUCAAUUGCCAUGGAAAACUAAAUGCCUCUCUCUUCAAGUAUUAUCGAAGUUAGGUCCAAGCUUGAGCAGUAAAGUUGUUCUUGAAGUUUUAGAUUUGGGUCUUCAUGAUGAAGCUGAAGAAGUCAGGACUGAAGCAGCUAUUACUAUGCCAGUUAUGGUUUUGUGGUCUGGUCUUGAUAUAUCACCUCCCGUCUUUAAAAGGAUGGAGUACUUAAGAACAGAUAAAGAGGUGAAGAAACUUCUUCCUAUAUGUCUUGGCCUAUUGUCAUGCCUUUAUGGAUGUAGACGAGCUGUAUCUGGUCUGCCAACGAACAAAUGCAACUUAUUUCUAAAGAGGAAAAGUGAAAGAUCGAGUUGGGCGAUAGAACAUUUAAUUCAAGGUUUCAGUUGUUCAAAAUGCGAUAAAAAAAUUAUUCGCAAUCACAAUGAGUGGCAUCCUCCAAUCAUUGUACGAUCUGAUAUGUGUGGAGCAGAUGCACAAGUUAGUUUGGACUCUAGUUUCAUGCAGCUGCAAUCUUUAUUUUUUAAUCUUCUUUUUGAUGAAUCAUCAGAGGAUGUCCAGAUUUCCUGUGUGAAAGUUAUUCGUCGCAUCCUUGCACAUGGUGCCCCCGAUAUUCUGCUCAAUAAAAGGCUUGAAUGGAUAAAAUGUCUAAAAUAUCUAUUGACUUGUAGGAGCAAGGAAUUAAGAGAUGCAUUUUGCGGUCAUAUUAGUUCCUUUGUGGAUGACCAUAUUUUGAGUUUAAUAUUUGCUGGAGAUGCAGACAAAAGCAAGGAGCAAAUUUUUUUGGAUACAGUUAAACAUGGCAUGAUAGACACUGAUAGUCUACAUAUUUUGGAGACUUUAAUGGAAUGUACAGCAGAAAUAAUGGUUUCUGUUGAUAUAGGUAGCCAACUGUUCUUAUCUGCUCUUAUACUGUUGGUUGAUAAGCUUGAUAGCAACCAUGUGACUGUGAAAAUGAAUGCGUCAAGAUUAAUAUACAGAUCUUGUUAUUUCCAUCUUAAAGGAGGUCUUGAACUAAUUCUUUCUAAAAAUGCUCAUAUUCGUAAUGAACUGUAUGAUUAUCUCUCUGAGAGACUUGCCAGCCGCCCGGGCUUAGUGAGUGAGUUUGCAGAAGCUGUUUUUGGUGUUGAGACUAAAGAACUUGUCAAGAAAAUGAUUCCUUCUGUUCUCCCAAAGCUUGUGGUGGCUCAGCAGUAUAGUAGUCAAGCUGUUAACACCUUAAAUGAGUUGGCCAAGUGUGUGAACCCUCCACCAAAUCCUCCACCAAACCCUCCAGUAAACCCUGUGGCACUUCUGAUAGUUGAUUGGCUGCCAAAAGUGCUUGCUUUUGCUCUUCAUCAAACUGAUGACCAACAGCUACUUUCUGCUCUGCAGUUUUACCAUGCACAUUUUGGUUUUGACAGGAGGGAAAUAUAUAUAGCUGCUUUACCGUCUCUUCUAGAUGAACUUGUAUGUUUUACAGAUGAUAGUGAUUCAGAUGAGAUAAGCAAAAGAUUAGCUAGAGUACCUCAGAUGAUUAAAGACAUUGCUAAAGUUCUUACCGGUGCAGAAGAUCUUCCAGUCUUUUUGAGGAAAGAUUUUGUUCGCCUUCUUAACAUCAUAAACAGAAAAAUGCUCCGUUCUGAUGAUUUUUUGCUUCGUAAGCAAGCAUUAAACCGAAUUGAGAUGCUGAUUAGAAUGAUGGGUUCUAAUCUUAAUACGUAUGUGCCAAAACUGAUGGUGCUUCUCUUGCAUGCUGUUGGUAAAGAAUCACUGCAAAUGGAGGGGCUGUCUGUCUUGCAUUUUUUCAUAAAGCAAUUAGCUAAAGUUUCACCAUCUAGCAUUAAGCAUAUAAUUUCUCAAGUUUUUGCUUCUCUUCUUCCCUUCUUGGAAAGAGACAAAGAAAAUCCCUCAAUACAUUUGGACAAAGUGGUAAAAAUUCUAGAAGAACUUGUUUUUAAGAAUAGGGUUAUCCUAAAGCAGCAUAUAUCCGAGUUCCCCCCACUGCCCAGUAUACCUGCAUUGGUGCAAGUGAACCAAGAAAUUGAGGAUGCUCGUGGGACAAUGGCUUUGAAAGAUCAACUACGAGACGUGGUUGAUGGUUUAAAUCACGAGAACUUAAAUGUGAGGUACAUGGUAGCAUGUGAACUUCGCAAGCUUCUGAACUUGAGAUGGAAGGAUAUUACAGAUCUAAUCACCGCCGAAGUUGGUUCAGACUUGGAUGUUUUGAGUUCUCUGAUCACAUCGUUAUUAAGAGGAUGUGCAGAAGAAUCAAGGACCGCAGUUGGGCAGCGGUUGAAGUUGGUCUGUGCUGAUUGUCUUGGAGCCCUUGGUGCUGUUGACCCUGCUAAGGUAAAAGGUUUCUCAUGUCAACGUUUCAAAAUUCAAUGCUCUGAUGAUGACCUCAUAUUUGAGCUGAUCCACAAACAUCUAGCUCGGGCAUUUAGAUCUGCACCUGAUACUGGUAUUCAAGACUCUGCUGCAUUAGCUAUACAGGAGUUGCUAAAGUUUGCUGGUUGUGAGGCGUCACUGGAUGAGAAUGCUUCAACUAAGAUCAGGACUACCAAUGGUGGUAACGAGAUGAAUAAUAGGGGCCAGAAAUUAUGGGAUAGGUUUUCUAAUUAUGUGAAAGAGAUAAUAGCCCCAUGUUUAACAUCUAAGUUUCAGCUUCCUAAUGUAGCGGACUCAACCUCUGCUGGCCCUAUUUACGACCCAUCUAUGUCAUUUAGAAGAUGGAUUUUCUUUUGGAUAAAAAAACUGACCUUGCAUGCCACUGGAUCUCGUGCAAGCAUCUUUAAUGCUUGUCGCGGUAUUGUACGCCAUGAUAUGCAAACAGCAAUAUAUUUGCUUCCCUACCUGGUUCUUAGUGCGGUCUGUCAUGGCACUCAGGAGGGACGCCACAGCAUAGCACAGGAAAUCCUAUCUGUUCUUGAUGCGGCUGCAUCAGAGAACAGCGGAGCUUCAGUUCAUGGAUUUAGUGGUGGUCAAAGUGAAGUUUGUAUUCAAUCCGUGUUCACUCUACUUGAUAAUCUUGGACAGUGGGUUGAUGAUGUUGAGCAAGAACUUGCUCUUUCCCUUUCUCAAUCAUCUGUUUCUAAACAACAAAAGUCAAAGGAUCAAAGUUCAGUUUCCUUGACAGACCAGGACCAACUCAUUGUACAAUGUAAAUAUGUUUCAGAGCUUCUAUCUGCGAUUCCAAAGGUGACUCUUGCCAGGGCUUCCUUUAGGUGUCAGGCUUAUGCAAGGUCGUUGAUGUACUUUGAGUCCCAUGUAAGGGAAAAGUCUGGCUCUUUCAACCCUGCUGCUGAGAGGAGUGGUAUCUUUGAAGAUGAAGAUGUUUCACAUCUUAUGGAAAUAUACAGCUGUUUGGAUGAGCCUGAUGGACUAUCUGGCUUGUCAUGUUUAAGUAAAUCUUUGAGGUUACAAGAUCAGCUAUUAAUAAACAAAAAGGCUGGGAAUUGGGCUGAUGUUUUAACUUCUUGUGAACAAGCUUUGCAGAUGGAACCAACCUCAGUUCAGAGGCAUUCAGAUGUCCUUAACUGUUUACUAAACAUGUGCCACCUUCAGGCCAUGGUCACUCAUGUUGAUGGUUUAGUUUCUAGGAUUCCUCAGUACAAGAAAGCAUGGUGCAUGCAAGGUGUUCAGGCUGCCUGGAGGCUUGGAAGGUGGGAUUUGAUGGAUGAGUACCUUAGUGGAGCUGAAGAUGACAGUUUAGUUUGCAGUAGUUCAGAAAGUAAUGCUUCAUUUGACUUGAAUGUCGCAAAGAUUCUCCAGGCAAUGAUGAAGAGGGACCACUUCUCAGUUGACGAGAAAAUUGCUUUAACCAAGAUGUCACUAAUUGCUUCCCUAGCUGCUGCAGGAAUGGAUUCUUACACGCGGGCCUACCCAUUUGUUGUAAAACUUCACUUUCUACGGGAAUUGGAGGACUUCCAUACUCUUCUGGGAGAUGACUCUUUCUUAGAAAAAUCAUUUCAUUUAGAUGAUCCAGCUUUCUCUAAAUUAGUUGACAACUGGGAGAAUCGACUUCGCAUUACACAAUCAUCAAUCUGGGCUAGGGAGCCACUAUUGGCUUUCAGGAGAUUGAUUUUUGGUGCAAGUGGUCUUGGUGCUCAAGUUGGCAACUGCUGGCUUCAAUAUUCAAAACUAUGUCGCUUGGCUGGUCAUUAUGAAACAGCCAACAGAGCAAUUUUAGAAGCCCAGGCCUCCGGUGCACCUAACAUCCACAUGGAAAAUGCAAAACUACUUUGGAGCACCCGUCGGUCUGAUGGUGCCAUAGCAGUGCUGCAACAGUCUCUCUUGAACAUGCCUGUUGAGGUCUUAGGCGCUGCUGCAAUUUCAUCUAUUACUAGCCUUUCCCUUGUACCACUUAAUCCCCCACCUAUUGUUUGUGAAAGUCAAGCUCCAAAUGAGAACAGAGACAUUGCAAAGACCCUUCUUCUGUACUCAAGGUGGACGCAUUACACUGGGCAGAAACAGAAGGAAGACAUAUUAAGUCUUUAUACCAGGGUGAGGGAACUGCAGCCUAAAUGGGAGAAAGGGUACUUCUAUACGGCCAAGUAUUGUGAUGAAGUGCUUGUUGAUGCCAGGAAACGCCAGGAGGAGAAUGUUGAACUUGGCCCUAGACUAGUUCCUUCAAACUUAAAUAAUGAGAGGAGUUGGUGGUCUUAUCUUCCUGAAGUGCUGUUAUUCUAUGCAAAGGGACUUCACAGGGGACACAAGAAUCUAUUUCGGGCACUUCCAAGGUUAUUAACCCUAUGGUUUGACUUUGGAAGCAUGUAUCUAAGAAGUGGUUCGUCCAAAAAGGAUUUAAAGACUGUGCAUUCGAAGCUAGUGAGUGUUAUGAGUAGCUGUUUGAAGGAUUUACCAAAGUACCAUUGGUUGACAGUGCUACCUCAAUUGGUUUCAAGAAUUUGCCAUCAAAAUGCCGAUAUUGUUAAGCUAGUCAAAACUAUCAUUACCUCUGUUCUCCACCAGUACCCACAACAGGGCCUAUGGAUUAUGGCUGCAGUUUCAAAAUCCACUGUUCCUUCAAGGCGCGAAGCAGCAGCUGAAAUCAUACAACUUGCACGUAAAGGUUUUAGCCCAGGAAGUAAUGAGAACAUUUUGUUUGGUCAAUUUGCUAGCCUGAUUGAUCAUUUGAUCAAGUUAUGUUUCCAUGCCGGCCAGUCAAGAGCAAGGACAAUUAAUCUCUCAACUGAAUUUAGUGCUCUAAAGAGGAUGAUGCCCCUGGGAAUUAUAAUGCCAAUUCAGCAAUCUCUUACUGUAAAUCUUCCAGCAUAUGAUGGGAAUCUGGGGGAUUCACUUAUGUCUAAUAUAUUUUCUGCCACAGAUCUUCCUACUAUAUCAGGCAUUGCUGACGAGGCUGAAAUUCUAUCAUCUCUUCAGCGGCCUAAGAAAAUCAUUCUACUGGGCAGUGACGGCCUUGAGCGCCCGUUUCUCUGCAAACCCAAGGAUGACCUACGCAAAGAUGCUCGCAUGAUGGAGUUCACAGCAACGAUUAACAGACUGCUUUCCAAAUAUCCUGAAAGUCGUAGAAGGAAGUUAUAUAUUCGCACAUUUGCUGUGGUUCCUCUGACUGAGGACUGUGGUCUGGUAGAGUGGGUACCCCACACUCGUGGGCUUCGACAAAUUCUUCAAGACAUAUAUAUUACUUGUGGAAAGUUUGAUCGUCAGAAAACAAAUCCUCAAAUUAAGCGAAUUUAUGAUCAAUGCCAAGGUAAAAUGCCAGAGGAUGUGAUGCUGAAGGACAAAAUUCUUCCGAUGUUUCCUCCUAUUUUUCACAAAUGGUUCUUGACAACAUUUUCUGAGCCUGCUGCGUGGUUCAGGGCACGUGUUGCAUAUGCUCACACGACUGCUGUUUGGUCCAUGGUUGGGCAUAUUGUGGGUCUGGGUGACCGGCACGGUGAAAACAUUCUUUUUGAUUCUACCAGCGGUGAUUGUGUUCAUGUUGAUUUCAGUUGCUUAUUUGACAAAGGUUUGCAAUUGGAGAAACCCGAGCUUGUUCCUUUCAGGCUUACACAGAACAUGAUUGAUGGCUUAGGCAUCACUGGAUACGAGGGCAUCUUCUUGAGGGUUUGCGAAAUAACACUUUCUGUAUUGAGGACACACAGGGAGACUCUCAUGAGCGUGCUUGAAACUUUUAUCCACGAUCCUCUCGUAGAAUGGACAAAAACUCACAAGUCUAGUGGCGUAGAAGUUCAGAAUCCGCACGCACAGCGAGCCAUAAGUAAUAUUGAGGCCAGGUUAGAAGGUGUGGUUGUUGGUGUUGGAGCUGCACCGUCAUUACCUCUAGCUGUAGAAGGCCAAGCUCGUAGGCUAAUUGCUGAAGCAGUCUCUCACAAGAAUCUAGGGAAGAUGUAUGUAUGGUGGAUGCCUUGGUUUUGAAGAUUUGAAUGGGUCGAGAAGAUCUUCACAUAUUCAUUCAAACAGGGAAUCUUAGACUGUGCGACCAUUGGAGCUGAAUGCAUACAGCAAGCAUUUUCUUAUUCAGGGGAAUGGCGUACAUCCUUUAAACUCUGGUUUGUAGUUUUCAAAAAUCAUGGUGAAAUUGACUUGGGACGCGAGAUAGUCAAUAUCGACGAGUAUCCAACCUCACCUUAAGCUGCGGCUGAAUGAAACCUGACGCUACGUAGUUGCAUCUGUGUGUGCUCUGCUUCACAAGGAUCCAUCCCAUGAAAGCACGUGUUUUUAGAAUUGGGGUUUCUAUGUAUAUUCUUUAAGGUAAUUGCGUUUUGCGAACACCUUUGUAUAUGAAUCCUAGUUUGCGUUGGUCAUUGAUAGAUUAUGAUUUGUAGAUGCAUAAAUUCCAUUGCAUAUCAAUGUGAGAUAAUAUCAUUUGCUCGCUUCAUGUCA